AUGCGUCCUGCUGUUACCGUCAAUGAUGUGGUCCCAGUGAUAAAGAAUGAUGACAUGAGCCUCUCCAACAUCCACCUGUACAUAAUCCUGGGUGCUGUUCUGGCUCUCCUGCUUCUGAUUAGGGACAGCCGUGCAUCAAAAUAUGAGGACACUUCUCUCCACAUACACAGGGAAACAACUACUUAUUCUUUACCUCAGAGUAACCGCAACAAUGGCCAAGGUCCCAAUGGAUAUUUAUCACAUCAAGGUUCUCCUCUGCGGCAGCAAAACAGGGAUGAAAAGGUCCCAGUUGAAAGCUCCCUUGUCGAAAAUAACAACCACAACAUUCAAAUGCUGCGAAACUGGCAGUCAACACCAGGCGGCCAAAUCGCUCAUAUUCCACCAGUGGUGAGGGUGAUGCUGGUGCUAUUGAAAUGAGAAAUUCCUCAUUUCCGAGAAGCACAAGUGAGG